AUGCGCGUAAGUCAAUUGACUGGGAGGAGGACGAAUUCGCUGGGAUGGGCGAAGAGCGACUGCCACACGUGCGCCUCCCACAACCGGUAUUGUGAUCGCCGACGACCACGAUGCAGUCCUUGUCUGGCCGAGGGGGCGGUAUGCAAGGGUUACGUGCAGGAACUCAAUUGGGAGAGAGGCGCCGUGCGGAUUAGCAAAAAGCGAGCGAAGUCAUACCUGGGGAGCACAGAAUCUGCUACCACCAAGACAGCUCCGCUUCCCACGCCUGCAACUUUCACCUUUGUCGACCCAAGUGAAUCACAGAAGCGACCGAGGAGGAGAUCAAGAACGACUGCAAAGUCCAGCCACUCGAACUUUUCGGGUUCCAGCCCGGCGGACAUUGUGGCGACCGAGUCCGCCCAUGAAGACGCUUCCAUCCUAUCCACCUCCCCGUGCUCGAACUGGUCGGUAUCGAUGCCGAGCUCACCCCGACUUAGUGUCGACAGCCAGGAGAUCGAGCCUGUUCUCUGUGCUCGAAUCGGCCAUCAGCCGGGUGACGUCGGAUACGCGCUGGCAUUUUUCCACUCAUGCUUCGCAUACACCACACUUACCUUUGAUGUCAAUGUCAACCCAUGGCGGGCCUGUCUGCCCUCGAUUCACGAAGACUUGCCGUGUGUCCGUUACGCUGCAGUCGCUCUUGCUCAGCGCCAGCAAGCACAUUUCAGCGGUAAGCCCGAGGGAGUCUCCAUCCUGAACUUGAAAGCGAAGGCGUUGUCGCUCUUCGCGUCGAAUCUAAAUCAUCUCUCCUUUGAAUGUGGCCUGAGCACCGCUCUCCUUCUUAUAGCUCUCGACUACGCUGAGACCGGUGUGUCGAAUUGGACGGUUCACCUUCGAGGCGCGUGCCAUAUCCUUGAAAGCCACGGCGGCAUUCGCUUGGCUGAGUCCCGGCCGAACCUCAGGGUCCAGAUCGCCAUGCUCAUCUGGUACGACGUGAACGCGGCACUCAUCUCACGUUGUGGACCCGUAUUUCCCCGAACUUACCUUAAUGCACUGAUGGCGUGGCAAGCCGACGACGAAUGGAGUAUCCUUGCUCUGAAUGGUCUCCCAGACGGCCUGUUCCUCGACAUGUACGACGUCGCCGUUGCGGCGUCACAGCUGGACAACCUCGACUCAUGUACUGUCGAGGCUCUUCGGGCGAAGUUCCUAAAGGCGCAGAUCAAGGAAGGCGCAGGAAAGUGCCAAAUUCUGAUGUCCCAGGUUUGGAGACUGGGCCUUGUGUUGUACUGUACUCGAGUCUUCUCACGGACAUCAACGCCUUCGUCUGAAGCGCUCCAGGCGAUCAAAGAUGAAGAAGGCUUAGAUACGGGCUCGGUAUUGGAUGAUUCUACAGACACGCAGCUGGAGGCCCAUGCGCUGGCCACCCAGAUUCUCGACCUAGUGUCUACAAUCCCGGCGGACAGCAAUUUCCAGAAACAGUGUCUGAUGCCAAUCAUCCUCGCCGGCUGUGAAAUGUCGGCAACAGAUACAGCGUACCGCAAAGUUGCUAUUGAGUUUUCAGAGCGCUGGAAGCAGAAGACCGGGAUUUGGAUAUUUGACUCCGGCUUGGAGUUUUUGCGGACUGUCUGGACGAGGAACGAUGUCGAGUUUGCCGACGGAGCUGAAGACGGAUGCAGGGGCAUGCAGGUGCCUUGGACGGAGGUGUUCUUACCGAGUGCAGGCCAUGGAUUUCUUUUCGGAUGA